GUUUGCGGCACUUGCCAGCGCUCGUUCGCCCGAUUGGAACAUCUCAAGCGACACGAGCGCUCCCACACCAAGGAGAAACCCUUCGAGUGUCCCGAAUGCUCAAGACGCUUCGCCCGCAGCGAUCUGCUACUGCGCCACCGGCAGAAGCUGCACCAGACCUCGAUCCCCUCGUCACGUCCCCGAAAUCGUCGCGGCUCUGCCAGCGGCGUCGCCCCCGGCCAGAGCCGAGCUCGCAAGAAUAGCGUCGUACGACCCAACCCAACUGCAUCCAAUGCACCGGCCACUUCUAUGAGGCCGCGGGCAAACACUAUCACCCAUGUUGACGGCAGCACGAUGCAGAUGAUGGCUGCUGCGAACACAUCCGUCGUACGAGGCAUGUGCCCUAGCCAUAUCCAUAGCCGACACUCGAAUCUGGCCGGUUCGCCCAUCCACAGCUUGGACCAUGAUUCUGGUGGCAUGUCAGCUGCCAUAGGACUCCGAGAUGUGCAGAACGGGCUGCCCAAGCUGGAAACGCACACCUUGGGCGGCCUGGAGUUCAGCAACGGCCUGCAGACAGCGCCGCCAAUGGCCGCCUUCAACACUGAAUUCGACCUUGAGGGCUUCCUUUUCGGACCGAGCUCGACGACAAACCCCAAAACCCUCCAUUACAGUGAUUUACCCCAACCGAUGGCGUUGGAACAGGCCUCAUCGUUUGCACCGCCCUGUAAUGAGAUACCAUUGAACCAAACCCUCGACGAGGAUUUUGACUGUUUUACUGGAUUUGAGCAUCAGAUAUUCUUUAACACGAGCGAGAAUCUUGUGGACGGAUCUAGUCCGUCCACCAUCAGCACGAGGAGGAGCACGAUUAGCGAUGUUAUGUUACAUGGUUCAAUCCACCCCUCGCCGACCGGGACGAGUACGAUGUGGCAACCCUCCGUGAUGGACUUUCAACAUGGGAGUACUAUACUAUAAAACCCGCCUGCUGCCUUGUUCGCAUUAUGUGAAGCCUUCCUUUUCAUAUCUCAUCCCUUUUUUCCCAAGUCAUUUCCUUGAUUCCUUGCUUACCAUCCCUAACCUUCAUGCAUUUCAUAUCAAAAUCAAGUUCACAGUUCGCAACUUCACACUAUAAAAAAUAAAAAUAAAACCAUGCCUUGCCGUUGAAUGAAUCGAAAUACUCGAAAACCUACGCAAACACUCAGCAGUGGCGUGCAAGAACC